UGUACAAUAUUUUUCGACACAUUUUUUCGAUCUCAAAGAGAUUAAGGAUCAACAUUUUGCAACGGACCCGCGACAAUGAUAGAUCGAUUGAUCGAUCUAUCAAUUUAAAAGAAUGUCCGAGGUUUAGAUAAUAAUAUUUUGAUACUAAAGAUGACACAGGCUGGUACGUUUUAGCAAAGGAAAAAAAAAGAUAGAAAAAGUAGAGAACGAUAUAAAAUUGUCCGAUUAAAAUCAACGAUUGUAUUAUAUCUUGCUAAGGUUCUUUCCAAAGUAUGAAUAAAAAUGAAUAGUCAAGCGUUCUUCGACACGCGAACUUAGGACAGUGUGCCCGUUUAUUGCCCUUCUUACAAGGCUUUAUGGGAUAAGCAGCACGCAUGAUCUAGAUUUUGAUUAAUAUGAACGAGGAAAACUUAACAAAAUCUGAGGAGACAAACGUUUGGAAAGACGUCCUUGGCUCUCCGAGAUACGUCGUUGCACCGAUGGUCGAUGCAAGCGAGUUGGCAUGGAGACUGCUUUCUCGACGUCAUGGGGCACAACUCUGUUACACGCCUAUGUUACAUUCUUCGGUAUUUUUAAGGGACUCAAAGUAUAGGAAAGAAGCGCUUGUUAGCACGCCGGAGGAUCGACCCUUGAUUGUACAGUUCUGUGGCAACGAUCCAAACAUUUUACUGGAAGCAGCGCUUUUGGCAGAACCCUACUGCGAUGCCAUAGACAUUAAUAUUGGUUGUCCUCAAGCAAUCGCAAAGCGUGGACGAUAUGGUGCUUUUUUGCAAGACGAUUGGGAUCUUCUUCGAGCGAUCGUUAGUACAAUGAGUACGGGACUUCACAUUCCUCUUACUUGCAAAUUACGAGUAUUUCCGGAUGUAAAUAAGACGAUUGAAUAUGCUCGCAUGCUCGAAAGUGCUGGUGCAAGUUUACUCACUGUACACGGUCGUACAAGAGAUCAGAAAGGUCCUUUAACAGGAUUGGCAUCUUGGAGUCAUAUUAAAGCUGUUAGGGAAGCUGUUAAAAUCCCAGUAUUGGCAAACGGCAAUAUACAAUGCCUGCAAGACAUUGAUAGGUGUAUUUUGGAGACUGGUGUUGAAGGAGUUAUGACAGCGAUAGGCAAUCUUUAUAAUCCAUGUAUAUUCGAAUCUUGUUACCCACCUUGUUGGGAACCAGCCUUGGAGUAUUUAAAUCUUGUAGAAAUCUAUCCAGCACCAGCUUCUUACAUACGAGGCCAUUUGUUCAAAUUAUUUCAACGCAUAUUUUGUUUAGCAGAAAACAAAGAAGAUAGAGAUAAUCUGGCUACGAAUUCGACCAUGGAAUCGUUCAGACGAGUUGUCGAAAAUGUGAGGGAUCGGUAUCAGCCUUAUCAUGAGGGCAAACGGUUGUGGUACGAAGAAAAAAGCGAUUACAACUUAAAUUUACCCCCGUGGUUAUGCCAAUCCUAUGUACGUGAUUCACCACAGGAACAUAUAGAUAAAGUACAGGCAAAGAGAAUUGAAAUGAAAAGUGCAUCUGCGAAAAGGAGAUAUGAAGAUGAGGAAGGAAACCAAAUAUCUCAUAAACAUUUCAAAAAAUUACGACGAAUAGUGCGUACGUAUAGGCCUCUUUGUCAAGGUUGUCCAAAUCCUGUGGGUCUUAAAUGUGACCACAAGUUAUGUCGCCAAUGCUGUAGAAAGAAGUGUUCUACAGAAAAGUUGAUCUGUGUCGGACAUAGAAAUUUGUUAAAACAAACACAACGACAGAACGUUCAGAAUAUGAAAUGACAUUGUAUAUAAAAAAAAGAUGUUAAAUAAAUAAUGUAAAUAAAUUACAAUAAACAUUUUCAA